GCGGAGCCACGCAGGAGAGUGCAGCACAGAGCCCCCGACAGUGAGUUUCCAUUUGAAGGUAGAUGCGCCUCUGCGAGUCCUAACGCGGCUGGAAGUAUCUAACCAACUCCUGAGGGAUCAGGUGAAGAAUGGAGUGGUAUGUCCUGGUGCUGAUCCUGAGCUUGCCGCCCUCCAUCCACUCAGACUGUUCCUCACAGUGUCAGAAAUGCGCGCAGCAACUGCUCAGCCCCGACGCCUUCAGCAGCCUGUCAUGUAGCGCGGAGUGUGAGGAGCAGCUGCGGAGCUGCGCCCCGGAGCCUCCGGGUCAGGCGGACUACAGCCAGGAUGAAGCGGCGGAGGAGGAGGAGAGUCAGCAGGCGCAGGCGGAGCUGGUCAAACGCUACGGCGGCUUCAUCAAGAGGAUCGACAAGAACAAGAACAAAAUCUUCGCCUCGCUCCCGUGGCGCGACAAUUACGUCGCCAAGUCCGCGGCGCUGCCCAAGAAAUACGAGGACUUGUUGAAGAUGCUGGAGGAGCGGGACGCGGACGCGCCGCAGGAGCAGGCGCUGCGCACUUACACUAAACGCUACGGCGGCUUUUUACGCAAAUUCGGCCCCAAGUCGAGGAGGAGUAGCUCUGCGGAGCAGCAGGGCGAGGAGCCGGAGGAGCUGCAGAAGCGCUACGGAGGCUUCAUGAGGAGGAUCCGGCCAAAGUUGAACAACCUGAAGUGGGACAAGCGGUACGGAGGUUUUCUGCGGCGCCACUUCAAAAUCUCUGUGCGCUCAGCGGAGGAGCCGUUUUACUCGUACGACGAGCUGAGCCUUUAGAUGAACUUCACACGAGGAGGAGGAAAGUUGUUGCAGGUUCCAUGUUUCUCCACAGAUCUUAUAAACCGUCAUAUACACGUCACGUACGCGCCUGCUGCAUCUCCUGCUUGUAGCCUCUCAGUUGCCUUCAGUGUAACAACUCUUCUUCAUCUGUAUGUUAUUGGCGUCGUAGUCUCUUUCAAUAAAGGAUGCUUGUUUAAUAAAAUGA